AUGGGUCGAUUCUUGGAUAGCCUCAAAAGACAUGUCAUUUUUCCAAUACGGAAUUCAUAUACUGCCAGAAAGAUGGAAGAAAGUAGUCUCAAGGGAUGGCGAGAACCUACUCAAGACCCCAAUAAGUUGUUAUUAUAUCCAAGGGAUAAAGGUAUAUUUAAAAAGAUCAUUUCUUUUUUAAUAGGUGGUUGGGGGAAGACUAAUAGUAUCAAAGAAAUAUAUGGUACAGUAGCCAUUGAGUUUGAAAAACAAACCUACAUAAGAACUCUUGAUAAUGUGCUUUUUACGCUUAGUGCUCCUCACGCAAAUGGCGAAGGCCCUAGUCCCGAAGAAAUCUUAACAGCACUUUGUAUAAGCGACAAUUUAAUAGCGUUAAAAUCCGGUUAUGGUAAAUAUCUUGGUGUUGAAAAAAAUGGUCUUGUUGUUGGACGUAGUGAUGCAAUAGGUGUUUUUGAACAACAAUGGAAACCAAUUUUUAAAGGUGACAAACCUGCUAUAUUAAGUAAUAUGAUAGUGUUUGGGAAUUAA